CAUGCAGUGGAGAUUGAGGGGAGGCAAGAUGAAAAGGGAAUGUUGCCUAAACUCAGUGACUUGGAGGUAUUUAUGGGGUUCCUAAUAACAAAAGUUACCAGAUGUACAAACCUCAGUUUUGCUUUUCAGGAGUUGAGAAAAUGACUGGAAAAUGAAAAAUUAGGUAUAUGAAACAGAUACUGAAGUACUAUUAACUCUGUGCUCCCUAGUAGAGAAGAGAGUCUAUCAUAAUGAAUGGAUCCAGUGUAGCGAGUACAUCGCCAAAUGUAAAAUCCAAAGAGGACCAGGGAUUAAAUGGGCAUGAUGAAAAGGAAAAUCCAUUUGCAGAAUACAUGUGGAUGGAGAAUGAAGAGGAUUUCAACAGACAGGUAGAGGAAGAGCUGCAGGAGCAAGACUUUUUGGACCGCUGCUUCCAGGAGAUGUUGGAUGAAGAAGACCAAGACUGGUUUAUUCCUUCACGGGACCUGCCUCAGGCCAUGGGACAGUUACAACAACAGUUAAAUGGACUCUCGGUCAGCGAUGCUCAUGAUUCUGAAGAUAUUUUGAGCAAAAGUAACCUGAACCCGGACGCCAAGGAAUUUAUUCCCGGAGUCAAGUACUGAGCUGACAGAAAGCUUUGAGGAGGACUUGUCUGUCCCCCCAUCUGGGGACAGUGCUGCACAAAAGGGCAGAGCUAAAGAAGGGGGGUGGGCGGGCAAAGGGGUGCACAGCUGGGAAGGGGAACAGUGGUUUAACUUGACACUGUGACUAGAGGAACUAAUGUGCUCAGUCUUACGCUCCAUACCUCUGAGUAGUUCUCUUUUUGUUCGACUUUCAUUUGAAGCAGUUUCCUAUACUAUUGCUUUUGGCCGCAGCAGUGGCUCUUUUUAGUUAGCCAUCUUUUCCCCCUUCAUCAGAAGUGUUCUGCUGAAAGUUAAGUUGACCAAGAAAAUUGGGUGUUAAGAAAUGCCCUGCUCACCCCACUGUAUACUUGCCAGGGACAGUGAACACCCAAGAACUAUGAAGAGAGUUUAAGACAGAUGGGAAGAGGGACAAAAGGAAGAAGCAGGUAUUGCAAACCAGGGUACACCUCUGAGCUCCCCUGGCCCCUAGGGAUUCCUGGCAGUGGGCCAGGAUUACUAGUGACCUGCUGGUAAUUACCAGGGAGAUUCAUCUCCUUGCCCUGAACCCCAUUCAAGAAAACAGACUCAGAGAACUAGCAUACAGUCACUAUUUUUACUGGUUCAUGGUAGUUGAAAGUCAGAAAGGGAGGUCUGUGGAGGGUUGUUGUCACUUGAGUCUCUCAGUUGCAGUUGGCUGUUCCUAAGCUGCUCUCCACAGCCACCAUCGAACUCAUCAUCAGGGGGAAGACAGUAGGGUUGAUUUGUCACUUUAUCCCUUACAGCACCUAGUCCUCUGUUGCCUUCCACCCCAAGCCUAUUUUUAAGAAAAGAUUGUUACCAAAGGGGGUGAGAGGCAUCAGCUAGAGCCUAGAGAAGUUAUCCUUGAAUGGUUUCUUGUUUAUUGCAUCUCACAUUUACUUUGACACUUUUCCCCAGCUCCACGAACAUUCACUCCAGCAGGUAUAUUAACUCCCAUAAAAAGGUUAAUGUACCUUUAUAAGUAAAUCUGUCUUUCACAGGACACUAGCAAGCAGCUCAGUUUACAACUUGGAUACUUCUCUGAACCUUACAGAGUUAUGCAAAGGGACUCCAAAGAAGCUGAGGAGAGUGAGUCCCAACUAAAUUUGGAAGACUCUGUGACCCACGGAAAUAGUUUCAGCAAUGAGACACUUGUCGUUCUCACACCCCCAGCUCUGCAGAUUUGCUAGGUUCCUCUCUGGGUGCAUUUCUUUUUUUCUUUCCUGCCUGUAAGUCACGGGAUUUUGUUCCUUUAUGAGUAUUGACUAAAUUGGGCAUCAGGAGCUGUGAUAGAGAUGUAGGUGGCAGAGUCAGGUUUUAAGAAGAGCAUGUCCAGUCCUGAUCAUUCUCCCAGGACCAGGGCUGCAGGGCCUGAGGAGGACAUGACUUCUGGGUGACUGCUAUUGUCUCAUGUGGUAGGCCUAGCAGGAAAAGGUGGUGUAACUUGAAAUACAGUCUGUAUAUUCAGUAUGUGGAUGUGGGACAGAGGUCGGAAGAAAAGGACGAGGGUCAGGAAAGCCGAAGUUUUUCCUUUUUCUCAUGAGCUCCCAUUAGCUUUUUUCUCCAUUAAUUUUUUGAACAGGCACACACUAAUGUCAGAUUUAAAAUAAGAACCCACACCUUUUCUUCCACGUCAUUUGAAAAAAUGGUCUACGAUAGUUCGCCUGUUGAGACACACUUAGGGAGCUUGUAUGGCCAGAUGUGCACAUUCAUCUCCAAAGCCUCUACCUCGAGAAACUAGAACUCUUAACUUGUUUUUCAGGGAGGGCUAUGAAUAAAUAAACUUAUUAAUCCCAGACUCAGCUGGGGUUUUCGCAUCUAAAAAUGACAGGGUCUAUUAGCAAAUAGCGGUUCCUCUCUUGUGGGACUGCUUUUCCUCCUUCGGUCUCCAUUAGCUUGUACGAACUCAGAAUUCUGAAGGUUGUUGGAAAUGUGUUGGGUUUGCACAAGGAGUCAUUCUCUAUACCAUGCAUGCGUGUCUCCGUAAUGAGUUCAAUGGCUUUUGGUCUGGAAAGUCUGACUGGGUCGAGAGCAAGGCAUUUCUUCAGCCUGAAGAAAGCUUGCUUUUCUGACACAAGUACAGACCCAGAUGCUGUAUGCGGUCCCAGGUGCCUGUCCUUCCAUUGCCUGUGUAGUUGGUUCCAUUUUGGACGUCAGUCUUCAGCAUGGUUUCAAGGCUUAUUUGGUCAGGACUGAAAGAGCUUGCCGCCCAAAGAGCAGAACCCGGAGGCUGGACUGUUCCGUCCUAUUCACAGUGUGCAGCGACUCCAGGGUUAGGAGCAGCUAGCCACUCUUAAAACGUAUGGACUUGUGGUUCUGACGGUUCCUCGUGUAACUCAGCUCUUUUCUCUAUGUAUUUUAUGUUAUGAGGUGGAAGCACAGUUAUGUAGAUUACAGGCUACGGUUAGAGCUAACAAACCUCUCAGCAGAAGAUGCCUAAGUUUUCUUGUUGGAAAUUCACUAGGGAAAGACUGGGAGCCUCUCUCAGUCUUCUUCAUAGGAGAGGUUUUGGGUACAGCUCAGUCUAGCCACCUUUAGUCUUUAGUGGGAGGAUGGUAUUUAUCAAUGAUUAAUUUGAUGUUGAAUUUUAAGCCACUACUGCGUUCAAACUUUGUUUUUUGUUUUGGCAACUGGAAUUUUGAGAAUUUGAAUGGAAAUAGAGUAUGUAUUUUUAACAGUUGUCAACUCUGGCUGGUUCCAGUGUUAGUUUAAUAGUGACUAACUUCUGGUUUUUGUGGUUAUUUGACUCUUAAAACUCUGAAGGUAGAAAUUCUCUCUUGUUCUUCAGGGGAGAGAAAAUGUCAAGGAAAGGCAAUUUCAGUUUCUCUAGGCUUUGAACUAUAGCUGAAAACUUGAUGGUCACAGCCUGCGUAGCUUUGGUUCAGUUCUUGCUGCAGCAGUUGACUUUUGAGGAUCAUGUAAGGUCAAAACAAAAUAAGGCUGGACCUUUGCAGCAUCUUUAGUUUAAUGGCUGGGGUCUGUUUCAUGGGGCCUCUAUAGUGAGGGGAUCGCUAUAACACUAACUGGCUCUGAAAAUGUUCUUAGUGAACUACUAAGCGACAGUUUUUUAAUUGUAUGUUGCUAUAAUGUCGAAGUUUGUCUUGAUUGUAGAGGCUGGAUGGUAGUCAGUUGACUAGUCUGGCGGUUUACAUGUGCCAGAGGAAAACUGUGUCAAGUAGCAACCAAAGAACCCAGCUUCACUGAAUGUUUUUGUCAGUGCUGCUGCAAACCCCACGUGAAACAUUGGAAGCCCAGGAAUCUUACCCCACUGUGAUGGGAGUGUUCCUUGAUGGUUCCCUCAGCGGAAGUUAAUGACGUUUCUUGGUAUGUGGAUGAGGUACGAAAACAGGCAAAAACCUAAUUUGCCCAUGAUUUGGAGAUGUCCGGCCAUUGGGAAAGCCACUCCACAGCAGUAGUAGAACCCUCAUUAGUUUAUGUUGGUGGAAAGAACAGAGGAUUGACCAAGUCUGGUGUGAAUCACAAAUGUUGCUGUCCUGCCUCUCCCACAGUCCCUCGUGAAUCCCUCCCUCCUCCUCCCCAUUGCCCACCCCUGGUGCAUUUUGCAGCCAGCUCUUUGCCACCUUGUGAAUUUCCUCCACAGACUUGGUUAGUCACAAUUUGAGAAGUCUUUCUGCCACCACUUUGUUUUUUAUCUUUUGCCUUUAUUUCUCCCUUCUUAAAGCUGCAGUUGGUGACGAAGGGAUUAAAGAGCAGCAGACCAACCCAAGAUACACUCAAGUUUCCUGCUUACUCCCUGGCUAUCACCUGCCUCACCACCUUCCCAUUGUCCCCCUCAAUCUAGCUUUUUCAGAGGAAUCAAAGGAAUAGGACAGCUGAGUAUGCAGAUUCCAUAAUGCACCUAAGAGAUCCACUGAGCCAGGGGACAGGAAAGAAAUUUGCAAAGGAAGUAAAGUUAAAAGCAACCUCUUUAUUCCAAAAGCCCCCUUAGAUCUUGUUAAGCGGAGUCUUAACUUGUGAGGUUUGUUUGAGCUUUUUUCCCCACUCCUAUGUUCUUACUGGCUACUUUUCAUUUAAAAAUAAGGAAACAUCCUAGGAUAUUUAAUUCUGCAGAAAAAUUGACCUGAAAGAGUAUGCUGUUUACUUUAAGACAGCACAGUGUUUUCACUCUGUAGUUCUACAGUAAGCGAUAAUCCUGUCCUACUGAUUGUGAGUCUUCAGGAAUAUUAUAAUGCUGGAUGGUGAUUUGGAAGUAGGAAGCCUUCCCCACCCCCCCCUUAAACUUUAUUGAAGCAUAUUUUACAUAUUAUCAAAUUUACCAUAUCAAGUGUAAAAUUCAGUGAUUUUUAGUAACUUUCCUGAGUGGCACAGCCAUAACCAUAACUCAGUUAUACAUCAUUUUUACCCUUGCCCCAGCAACACCCUUCAUGCCUAUUUACAUGGUUCCCAGCUCCAGGCAGCUACUAAUUUUUUUGUUUAUAAAUUUGCCUUUUUUGGAUGUCGUAUCAAUGCAAUCACAUCAUGUGUGGUCAUCCCUGUUUUGUUUUUUUUUUUUUUACUGAGGCUGUUUCUGAGGUACGCCAGUGAAGUUCACCAUUAUGCUGGUAUUUUGUUCUUUACUGUUAAAUAUUAUUUCAUUGAUGGAACAAUAUCUGAUGGGAAACAUCUGAACUUUCUGCAACAGUAUCCUACAAAGCUGAGCAUGUAUAUGAUGGGGCUGCCUUUGUUAGAAGGAGCACAGCCAGCAGAGGAAGUCAACAGAAGGAAGGGAAGGGAGCUUGUGGAACAAUAACAUACCACAGUUUGCCUGCCAAGAGUCUUAUAAACGCCUGUGGUCUGAAUGACGCCCUCAGAACACAGGAGUCACAGGUGAAACUACUGUGCGUGUCAGAGGUACUGCUUCUCAGCCAACUUUGCCAUCAGAAAGACCACGGCAGUAGCCUGAAUUGAAGCUGAAAUUCUGUUUUGCAACUUCUUCUUUAUAAGGAACUUUUGUGCUGUCUACACAUCAGGACUAAUGAAGCAUCUGGUAAUAAGUACGAGCACAUGUUUUGAGUGAACAAGAAAGUGAAACCAUCAAUACUUUGUUGGAUGUUAUUCUCCAUGAAUGAAAGGGGAAAUAUCUGAACUUUCUGAAACAGUUAUCAUCUCCUACACAGCUGAGCAGUACCUUUGCUGAAAGUAGCCAGCAGAAGUCAAGAGAAGAAAGGGAAGGGAGCUUGUGGAACAAGAGCCCCCUUAAGGGUCUUGUAUAGCUCAACUGCGUCGGUGUGGCUGAGGUGCUGGUGGCACCCGGGUGGCUUUAGUACCUCCUGCACGCCUAGCUCAACUUUGGACAUUUAUCCCUGUUUCACAAGUGUUCAAAAUCUGUUUUUGCUCUUUUUUCCCCCUCAAACACUAGAUGGUAGUUAAUAUUUCCUUGGGUUGGGGUGGGGGGACAAGUCUUUAAAAUAAUUUUCAUAAAAAUUAAAAAAUGGAAAAAAGUACUUUUUAAAAAAUUUGCUAUACAAAUCAAAUGGCAGCUGUUGAAAAUCUCAAUAAAAGCACU